GAUGAGCGUUUUAAAAAUUUGAAUGAUAUGCACCUUGAAGCCCACCGAAAACCAUUUCUUGUAGAAGAAGAAGAAGAAGUUAUUUCUUGUAUGAUUGGUCUUUUGUCGGCAAAAUCUCCUGCAGUUCAGCCUUAGAAAAACUAGCAGCUCUCUGAAGGCCGAAAUGACAGACUCAACAGUGAAUUUCAGCACGCUGUGCGAGAUGCUGGAGGCAAUCACGCGAAGCAAAAAGGGUACGAUGAAACGCAAGCAUGUGCGGACGUUCCUGGACCACGUUUACAAGGGCGGUGAGUAUUUCAGUGCAAUUCGGCUUAUUUUGCCUCAGUUGGACAGAGAGCGGGGCGCAUAUAAGCUCAAGGAAGCUCAACUUGCCAAAUGUUUGACGGACGCUCUCGGCCUCUCCAAGGACUCUCCCGACGCGCACAGGCUCAUCAAUUGGCGGAAAGGCGGAGCCAAAGCUGGCGCCAACGCCGGCAAUUUCCCCAUGGUCGCAGCCGAGGUUUUGCAUCAAAGGCAAAGAGUAAUGUCUGGUGGCCUAAAGAUUAAGGAUGUAAAUGAUCUUCUUGACCGAUUGGAAGCAGUUGAAAGCAGGGAGGAGAAGACAACGGUUCUUCAAGAGCUUAUCAGCAAAACAAAUACCUUUGAAAUGAAGUGGAUUUUGAUGAUAAUUCUUAAGGAUAUGAAGUUGGGUAUGGGUGAGAAAAGCCUGUUCCAUCAGUUUCAUCCAGAUGCAGAAGAUAUGUUUAAUGUGACUUGUGACUUAAAGAUGGUUUGUGAAAAGCUUAAAGAUCGAAAUAAAAGGUUCAAAAGACAGGACAUUGAGGUGGGGAAACCUGUGCGCCCACAGUUAGCCUCUAGAGUGCCAGACAUUGAGACUGCAUGGAAAAAGUUACAUGGCAAACAGGUGGUUGUUGAGUGCAAAUUUGAUGGCGACCGAAUCCAAGUGCAUAAGAAUGGAAGAGAAGUGCACUUCUUUUCAAGGAACUUUUUUGAUCACAAAGAGUAUGAAGCUGCAAUGUCAAGUGUAAUCCUCCAAAAUGUUCAAGUGGACAAAUGUAUACUUGAUGGUGAAAUGCUAGUUUGGGAUAAGGGUAGCAAUCGGUUUGCAGACUUUGGAGCAAACCAAGAAAUAGCAAAGGCCGCUAGGGAUGGAGUAGAAACCAAUCAACAGCUUUGCUACAUGGCUUUUGAUAUUCUAUAUGUGGGAGAUUCUAGUGUGAUCCACCAAGGCUUGCAUGAGCGACAUCAACUACUUUAUGAGAUUGUCAAGCCUUUGAAGGGACAACUAGAAAUUUUACUUCCUCAAGAUAAUCUAAAUUCAUGCCUUGCUUUGGGUGAACAUUGUUGGUCAUUUGCAGCCCAUAAUGCAGAAGAUGUUGUAAAGUUUUUCCAAGAAACUGUUGAAAAUAGAGAUGAAGGCAUAAUUUUGAAGGAUUUAGAUUCAAAAUGGGAACCUGGUGACCGAAGUGGAAAAUGGAUAAAGCUGAAACCAGAUUAUAUUAAUACUGGAUCUGAUCUUGAUGUUCUUAUCAUAGGAGGUUAUUAUGGAUCUGGACGCCAUGGAGGAGAGGUUGCACAAUUUUUACUUGGUCUUGCACAGAAUUCAACACAUGUGGGCUACCCCACAAGAUUUCUCUCAUUUUGCAGAGUUGGAUCAGGCCUCUCUGAUGAAGAAUGCAGUGUUCUUGUGAGCAGACUGAAACCAUAUUUUAGGCGAAAUGAAAAGAACUCAAAGGUGCCAAGCUUUUAUACAGUGACAAAUAAUUGGAAGGAGAGACCUGAUGUUUGGAUUGAAAGACCAGAAAACAGGUCAGUUAUACUAGAGAUAACAAGUGAUGUGCGGAUGAUUAAGUCAGAGGUCUUUGCCUCUCCUUAUAGUUUGAGAUUCCCACGCAUACGGAGGGUGCGAUAUGACAAGCCUUGGAAUGAAUGCCUUGAUGUACAGACAUUUUUGGACUUAGUACAAUCAAGUAGCGGGACCAUACAGAAAGCUGAUCACUAUACAGGUUUGGGUCAACGGAAGCCAAAACAUAUCAAAGGCACUUCAAAGGGAGAAAAGAGGAUGCUUACUGUUGUACCAUCCCAUAUGCUAAUGACUGAUGUAUCUGAUGUUAAAAGGGAGACAUUGAUCUUUAAGAAUUUGUUGUUCUAUUUUGUAAAUUUUCCUCCUGAAUAUUCACUGGAGUUUUUUCACAAAAUGGUGGUGGAACAUGGGGGUUCAUUGUCAUUGAACUUUAAUGAUUCAGUUACUCAUGCCAUUGCAGCUGAUAAGAAAGGAAUCAAAUAUCAAGCUGCAACGAAGCAUGGGGAUGUCAUUCAUUACUCUUGGGUCAUUGACUGUUGUAAACAGAAGUCUCUCUUGCCAUUACGAGCAAAAUACUUCCUUAAUCUUUCAGACUUAACCAAGGAGAAAAUGAAAGAGGAUAUUGAUGAUUUUGGUGAUCACUACUUAUGGGAUCUUGAUAUUUUAGAUCUGAAACAGCUUUUCAGUAACCUACAAGAUUCUAAACUUAUGAAAACUGUCGCACACGCUGAAGAUUACAAAAAGAAGUAUUGCCCGAGUAAUAAGUGGUGCCAGUUUCAUAACUGCUCUGUUUAUUUUCACCACAUCAUUCACUCCACAAAUGCAGAUUCACAAACAGUUUCAGAACUCGUAUUGAGAAGGUUAAAGAUGGAAAUCAUAAUGCAUGGAGGUGUGGUAACUAGCAUGCUAUGUGAUGCUACACAUAUGAUAGUGUUUUCUGCAGCUGACCACCAGGUGCCUUUCGAGAUAAUUAUAAAAAGCUUUUCUAGUGCAGAAAAGAAUAUUCUCAAGAAAAAAAGAAUCCACAUUUUAAGUCAUUUAUGGGUGGAAGACUCCUUGGGAAAUCACAUGCAACUCCCAGAAAGUUCCUAUAGUUUGUGGCCUAACAUGGAUUCACAUGAGAGUUUACAAUCUAACAAUAUGGAGGACACAACAGUUGACAUUCAGGAAGAUGAUGCAGCCUGGAAAAAUAUGCAGGAUUACACAGAAAGACCUGAAAAUGAAGACGAACCAGAGAAAAGUCCUGCAGAAAAGAGAAGUAAACAAAGAAAACUAAAUCUCCAUAAGAAAUCGAGAAAACGACCAGUAAGGCGAUGUACUACUGCCCUCAAACUCAAUGACACCUCAUCAGAGAGCAAUACAUCAACUGAGAACCUGGGAAAACACACAAGUAUGGAAGGAAAGUCUCCAAAAAUACCUGUGGGAAGUGGUCAGGAAGAAGUUGAUAGGCAAAAAUCUUCUUUUGAGGAAGAAAACUUGCAUCAAGAUGACAUGAAUAAAAAGAAUAAACUGAUGGAAAUGACAACAUGUAGCAGUAGAAAAGGUAAAAAGAUGCAGAAGCGGUCUGGAGAAAAAGGAAGCUCACACAAAAAUCACAAGCAGGAAAAUGAUUCACCAGUUACAGAUUACACUAGCAAACUCGAAAACCCAAAGACGACCAAUAAAGAUGGAUCCAAAUUAUUAACAGAGAAUAUAGCUGAUUCUGUGGAAACCAUGCUGGCUGAUAUGUUACCUGGCUUUAAUUUCAAAACUGAUAGAGCUAGCAAUCCUUUACCUGUUCUGAGUUCUGGACCUCCAGAGGAAAAUGAUAGGAUCAUUGCUCAGGGGGAGGGGGUUGCAGCACAAAAGAAAAGGAAAGUGAGUUAUAAAGAUCUCGUAGAAAAACUGCUGGAUGACAAAUAAGUUAAGCAUUAAAGUUAGAAACGUUUGGGUAUGUAAAUGCAGUUGUAAAGAUGAAAAUUUGAACGGUUUGAUUUUGUGAGUUUAAAUUUGAGAUAUGAUUCUGGAGAGAGUGAAAUGGAAAGGAAUUUAUCUGUGUACAGGGUUUCAACCUUACGAAAAUAUUGGGAGAAAGUAGUGGCUUCCAGUUUUUCAAUUGAAGCCGACGUGUAUCUAUAGUACUAUACUAAUCUAUAUGCACUGUAUUUAUAUGUACAUUAUUACCGGAUAACAUAAUAGCUAAUUUGUUUUGGUCGA